AUGGCGAGCGUGCCAGUCACAUCGUCGGCCAUCCUUCCACCUUGGAUCACCGACAUCUCUCACGCCAAGCUGGUGCAGUGGAAGAAGGAACGUCGUGAGUACGAGGAUGCAAUUUCUGCUCGCUGUGCGAUAUCAGGAGAGGACAAAGCAAAGCCGAUGAUGACAGUCAAAAGUACUUUCGACCAUCAACUACUGAAGAUGAUGUGCAAGUACGACUGGGAAAUACCACUUGAAAAUGUCACCGAGGAACGAAUCCUCAGUGAGAUCGACAAGAUUGUAAACACCGUGAAAAACGGCGACAUUGACAACAUUGAUGCGCUGUUUGACGAGAAGCUUCGUAUGGAUUUGAGAGAAGAUGAUUGCACCAUAUUGAAGAAGCAUUUGCGGCCAAGAGCUCUACGUGAGCAGGUGGAGACUCACCAGAAGCUCAUCGACAAGAGUAGCGCGAAGAACGACGUAGCUCUGUACAAGCUAGUCAGAAAGAAGGCUCUUGAGCAGGAUGCUCCAUGGACGAGCAAAAGGAAAGCACAGCAAGACGCUGUAGCAAAGGGCAAGCCACGUGGUGGUUGCUUUAAAUGCGGCAAGGAUCAUUGGUUGAGUGAGUGUCCAGACAUUGACGAAGUUGAAAAGGAAGAAAUCAUGGCCAAGCGUGCUCCAAAGAAGCAGAAUGCCAAACGAUUUCGGGUCAAACGCGUAAACCCGCUGGAAUUGGAUCAACCAGUGGAGCUGGAAGCGGUAGGCGGUGCAAUCCUUACGGCAACUCAUGGUGCGGAUGUGUAUUUGUGUUUGAACACAGCCGCUGGGCCAGUACGAUGUCAAGACCAGAAGCGGUGUCUAAUCGUCGAGUCGGAUGACGACGAAGCUUGA